CUACAACUGACAGGCGGAGCAUCUUUGGAGAUGUUUGCCUCUUACAAAGAACUCGUUCAGCGUGCCUUGAUAGGCCCCCGUGACCUCUUGGCAAAACAACAGGUUCAUUCUGCACUCCACUGCUGACCUCAUUGUCCCUUUGUGAAGUGAAAAUCCAGCGUUGCAUUCUGCUCAAUGGCAGAGCGGCAGACAGCUGGGAACACGGAGCACCUCGUCCCCUCGCAGAGCCCGUCGAUGAGCGCCGAGGAGGCCCCAGGCACGGGGACGACAGGACGGUUGUCGAGCGGCGCAUGUGAGUUUUGCAGAAGCAAAUGUCAGAGCCGUCACCUGUCACCGACAAAACAGAACGUUAUUGUGCCGGUUUAAACCCCGUUCCAGUGCAUCUGAAGAGAAGCGGCCUAUGGAAGAGCCUCACUGACAGGCCAUCGCGCCUGUUGUGAACGGACUCCCUCGGUGAAUGACAGACCGAUUUUCAUCAGGGUCCAGGAUGACCUUAAUUAAACUAGUCUGAUUACACAGCAAGCUGGAAAUAUAGACUGAGAGCCAGCAGAGCGGUUGUCUUUGUCCGUCAGAGAAUGGAGGACAUUCUGUCCGUGAUUGAGAACCCAGCAGCUCUCCGGGUUCCUAUCAGCGUGGAUCGUACUGGACCGGACCAGACCAGGACGGCCCGAGAAGACCCGGCUUGGCUGAGAGAGUCCCCAGCGCCAGACCAAGGUUGUGCCAAAGUGACGGCCCAUGGGCUUUCCAGGGCACUGGCUGCAGUGUGUGUGGUCACACUGCUAACUGGUGUAGCUGUGGGUCUCUGGUUUGUAGUGAAGGUCCUUGCGCAGCCCAUCCCAACACAAAGUGCGGCUGGACUAGGAGAGACAAAGGAGACGUCCUUCUGCAACGUGACAGAGGAGAUCUCUGUUGCAGACCACAGGAAAGUGUUUUACAGAAUCAGCCCAGAGAACUCGCUCCUGGAGAUCCAGCUGGAGAAACUCCAGACAUGGCUGCCAGUGUGCUAUGAGCACUGGAACUCCUCCCUGGGGACGCUGGUGUGUCGGCAGCUGGGCUACCUAAGACUAACCAAACACAAAGGUGUUCACCUGAGGGACAUUGGGCCCAAUUACACAGAUGGUUUCCUUCAGAUCACCCCUGAGCACCAAAGAAGUCUGGAGAAUAUAUGGCAGUUCAGGGGAAGUUGCAUUACGGGAAAAGUUAUAGCUUUGAAAUGUUUUGAGUGUGGGACACGUGCCAAGCUGCCCAGGAUCAUUGGGGGAGAUGAAGCCCGCCUGGGAAGGUGGCCCUGGCAGGUGAGCCUCUACUACAGCAAUCGACACACCUGCGGAGGCGCCCUGAUCACCAGUCGGUGGGUGGUCACCGCUGCACACUGCGUGCACAAUUACAGGCUGCCUCAGGUUUCCAGCUGGGUUGUGUACGCUGGUAUUGUGACCCGAAGUUCAGCUAAAGUAGCCCAACACAGUGGACAUGUGGUGGAGAAGAUCGUCUACAACAAAAACUACAACCACAAGACCCACGACAAUGACAUUGCCUUGAUGAAGCUUAAGACCCCGCUGAAUUUCACAGAUGCGGUGAAGCCAGUGUGCCUGCCAAAGUACUCGCGGGACCUCCCAGGGGGCACACAGUGCUGGAUCUCGGGCUGGGGCUACACCAGCCCAGAUGAUGUUCAUAUUCCUGACACGCUCAGGGAGGCUCCGGUGCCACUGAUAAGCACAAAGAAAUGCAAUAGUUCCUGCAUGUACAAUGGUGAGAUAACUGCCAGGAUGCUUUGCGCUGGGUACACUGAAGGAAAGAUGGAUGCGUGCCAGGGAGACAGUGGUGGACCCCUGGUAUGUCAAGAUGAAAAUGUGUGGAGGCUUGUCGGUGUGGUUAGCUGGGGGACAGGCUGUGCUGAGCCCAAUCACCCUGGCGUAUACACCAAGGUGGCUGAGUUCCUGGGCUGGAUAUAUGAUAUGAUCGAGGAUGAUAUGCCGUGAUGCAUGUUGCUUUUUCGGUCCUGAUGUCAGAGUCACUAAAGAGAGAAGGAGGAGAGAGGGAACUACGGGAGACCUCACUGAGCCAACGGGACUCCACUGCUACCUAUAGUGACAUCAGUUGCUGGGAUGAAGAAGUGGUCUCAGACAUGUUCUACACUGCUCCUGGGCUGUUUCCUCCAACAUACAGUGGUCUCAUUACAUCUACAUGUACAUUUAUGCAUUUAGCACAUACUUUUCUCCAAAGUGGCAGACAGCUAAUGGUAAACAGAGUAAAUAUCAUUUUGAAUAUUCAUGCUUUAUAAAAUUUUGGGCAAAAUACCUAUGGAAACGUAUCAAGUAUACUAAGCACAAAGCAGACAUAAGGCACUCGGUUUCAUUUUUAAAUGUA